CUGGGCUCUCUAGUGACAUGCAAAAAUAUAUAUGUGCCCGCCUCUAUACUCCGGCGCUGACAAUUCAACAUCAGUGAAGAUGCUUAGAGAUCUGUAAGUGGCCGCAUGCAAACUUGCACGCUGUUUUCAGCAGUUCCCGUCUCGCCCUGAAGCAAGACUCGAUGCUAUCUCUCUGAAGUGGCAUGGCUGGCAGAAGUCGAUCGCCUUCAAGAGCAUAAAGGAGUGUGAUCCUUCACUACAGAGAGGUGGCUUGCUCAUCUUAGCCGCACGUGGAUAUAGAGAUUUAAGGCGGAGGUGUGAGAGAUGUAAAAGAUUGUGCUUUCAUUUAACCCGGUGUACCUGUGAGUGAUCUUUGAAGUGGCUGAGAGAUCAUAUGAAACAGGACAAAGAAGAGAGCCAGCAUCAGCAAAUAAGAUCAAGCCAACAUUUUAAUUAAGAUCUAAAACAGUUGGGUAUAAUUUAUUUCUUCUUAAGGAGGUCCUUGAUCAACCACCAAAAUUCCGUCCAAAAGCAAACAAGAGGAUCGCCCUGCUCUGACCAGGUUUGUCGGCAGGAAGCGGCUCAUAGCUGCUGGAGUUUUUGGGGUCGUAAUGGUCCUCGUGCUAGUCAUCCUAAUCCCGGUCCUGGUCAACUCAGCUGGAACCUCAGCCCACUACGAGAUGCUUGGAACCUGCCGCAUGGUGUGUGAUCCUUAUGGAACUAAAUCGCCAACCAGCACCGCCAUGGCAGACACCGUCCCCGAUCCCAACCUAAUCCAGUCCCUACCAACAUUCAUCCAAGGUCCUAAAGGGGAACCUGGUCGUCCUGGCAAGGCAGGUCCAAGGGGUCCUCCAGGAGAACCGGGUCUACCCGGCCCAGCGGGCCCUCCUGGAGAGAAAGGAGAGACUGGACGGCCCGGACUACCCGGUCCACCAGGAUCAAACACAGCCGCUGGGGCUAUAAGCGCCGCUACUUACAGCACAGUCCCCAAGAUCGCUUUCUACGCUGGUUUGAAGAAGCAACACGAAGGCUACGAGGUGCUUAAAUUCGACGAUGUAGUCACUAACCUGGGCAACCAUUACGACCCGACUACGGGGAAAUUCACGUGUUCCAUUCCAGGAAUCUACUUCUUCACUUACCACAUCUUGAUGCGAGGAGGGGACGGGACCAGCAUGUGGGCUGAUCUCUGCAAAAAUAACCAGGUCCGUGCCAGUGCCAUAGCUCAGGACGCUGACCAGAACUAUGACUAUGCUAGCAACAGUGUGGUUCUGCAUUUGGAGCCAGGGGACGAAGUCUAUAUUAAACUGGAUGGUGGGAAAGCACAUGGAGGGAACAACAACAAAUAUAGCACAUUUUCUGGAUUUAUCAUCUAUGCUGAUUAAGUCACCCUAAAACAACUUUUUUUCCCCUCAAAAGUCAGAGGGCUGGAUCCCUAGCAGCCUUCAGUCAGUCCACUGGAAGUAGAUUUUAUUGGGCAAUCAACUGUUGAAUGGAUCUGAACAAGAAGCAAGCUAAAACUACCCGACUCACAUAUGUGUGCUCUAAAGACUCCCCUUGUAAAAAUGUGAGUCAAACAGAUGUGUAACCUACUACCACCAAAGCAGUUACCUGUGUAUUUCUUGUCUGUGUGAACUGAUGCCUAUGUGUAAGACAUUUUAUGAGAAAUGAUAAGAUUGUGCAUUAACUAUCCCUCGUUAUUAUAUCACUGUUGUUUGUAUCAUCUACCAGCUUCAAUCAUGUGUUGCCAAUGCUUCUUGAGAGUUGCCUGCUAAUUCUGAUGCUUGUCGUCCACUCAUAACGUGGUGAGAAACAGGUUUACAAUGUAAAUGAAAGUGCAAUAUGUGUUCUGAUUCCCUAUAAAGACACUGUUUACCUUAUAAUUUAGUGUAAAGAAUGCUAGAUUCAUAGUUAUUUUGAAAACCCGAAGCCUAAACUGGUAAAAACUAUACUCCUCUGAUUUGGGCUCAUUUUGAAUUAACUUUACUGGCAAUAAGCUUACCAAGAUUGAGCACAAUGGAAUUUAACACUAGUAUAUAUCUCGGGCUACUACAACCAAAUGUGCGUGAUUCAUUUUCAUGCCCAAAAGAUACACUUCGAAACAGAAUACUUAAAAAGUACUUUUUAAUUCGGGCUUCUGCACAGUCACAUGCUGUGGUUAUGCGAAAGACAAAGGGAUAUGUGAACCCUUUGAAAUGCCUUCAAAUGAAACUGAGCAGUAGCUAUAAAGUCACAGUGAAUUUACAGGAUUAAGGCAUAUUUUUAAUUGGUUGUUUUUUAAAAUGUUUAGAACUUGUCAAAACCUACUAAAAAAAAGGAAACAAGUGCUGCAUGUCAUCCAAAACUUUGCCAAUUGAUAAUACUGUCAUGAAACCAUGGAUCUCGGAUAGGCCUGAUCUCAGAUACGCUUUUCCAAAACACCUAUGAAAGACAACUGCAAAGCUGAUAUGCUCAGUAACCAUUUAGUCUGUACAAAAGAAUAAAACAAACUUUAACUUGAAAAGCUGCUUUAUGAAAUACAGACAUACUAAUAAGGUAUUCAACUUUUACAAAUGCAAGGGUAGUGUAAAUUGCAGAUGCUGAUAUAAUUAACUCUUGCUUCAGUAUCAAACAUCUAGUAAGAUACAGAUUUACCUUUUGGUUUUAUGGGCUGCUUUGAUAUUGACAGAAGUACACUCUCUAGAGGUCAUCAUGUUUGAGUCAAGAGGCUGCCUUGGCUCAACAUGAUUUUCUGCUAAUAGAGUACAGUACU